UGCAUGUUGUCAUAUGCCAAGCCUUGGCACAGGGCUGUAAUAUCUUUUGAAGCCAACCUCCGUACAGUACGUCACUUGAGGGAGGGAGGGGUCCAGUCUGCGGGGCCGCAGUUGUAACUACACUGCCCCACAGGCGCCCCGAAAUCUUGAAUGACUGCGAAUGCGCUGAUACAAAUAAUCCGUACGGAUGGCGGAUUACAUACACACCAUCAAGAUAAGGAGACAAUAGAAGACGAAACACCAACACCCCUCGGUGCUGGACCCAACUCACCAAUUCGUUAUUGGAUUGCAGACAGUCCUUGUUCUAGUUCAACCCUCCUUCGGUUCAAGAAAUUCACCAUCUCAACAACUUGAACUAUUACAUACAUACACCUCGACGAGAGAGAGAGAGAGAGAGAGAGAGAGAGAGAGAGCGAGCAUUCCUCCAUCUGGCCCCGCUGAGCUGAAAGUGACCCAUGACGACGACGACAGCGGCCUCGCUCCCCCCGGCCGCCUCCCUGCCGACGCUCCCGCCGGCGGCGCAGGCGGCCACGCUGGACCUGCUGUUCGAGCCGUCGGCGGACCUGCACGCAGUAGCCUUGCCGGCCCUCCAGCGCGCGCGCCCGCUCGGGUCCUACGACGACCUGGUCGCGGCCGUGCGCGCGCGGCUGCUCGAGCUGGCGGACGCCGCGGAGACGGAGGCGGAGGCGGAGGAAGAGGAAACGGAAAAGGUCGGUGCGGAAGCGCGGCGGCGGCUGUUCUCGGUUCUCGGAAGCCAUCCGCGGCUGGGAGAGAAAAAGAAGAAGAAGGAGGAGGCCAAGGCCGAGGUUGAGGUCGAGGUCACGGAGACGGAGACGAAGGCGGGGAGCCGGGGUCCUGGAGGAGAAGGAGGAGGAGAAGGAGGAGGAGAGGGAGGAGAGGGUCAGGACGAGAGCGCGCUGAGCGCGCUGAGCGCGGCGGAGCAGAGCCACCUGAGCGCCGAGGACGAGGAGCUGGCGCGGCUGAACCGCGAGUACGAGGCCCGGUUCCCCGGGCUGCGCUACGUCGUCUGGGUCAACGGCCGCCCGCGCGCCGAGGUGCUGGAGGACAUGCGGCGGAGGAUCCAGAGGGGGGACAUGAAGGCCGAGGUGAGGACCAUCAUUGAGGUAAGUAAGCUAUUUUUUUUUUUUUUUGCCUCUCUUCCUUUUUUUUUCCCUCCUUGUCUUUUAAUUUGCUGCGCGUGACCUGGCCAUGCCUACAGUAUUGUUGCGAAUAAUGACCUGGGUCUGGCUUGCUUUAGGCCAUGUGCGACAUUGCGGCGGAUCGGGCUCGCAAGCUGCUGCAAAAGUCGGCCGAGUAAUUCGGUCGUGGAGAGCCUGAAGAGCCGAGAAGUUGGGUGCCGAAAGUCGGUUCUGUUCUGGUGCUUCAAUCCGACGCACAGAUAUUAGAGAUCCCUUGAGGGUUUCUGAAAUGGCCAGCUUCACAGAGUCGUGGGGGCUCAAGACAGCGUUGACUGUAGAAUCAGAAAGGAGAUGCUAUCAUGUCUGAAUGUGUCGUGCUGCCUUAACUCUGCGAAUCAUCUCUCUACAGUAAACAGCCGCCCACUGUAUG